AUGUUCGGCGGUUCAGUCGUCUGGCGAGGUAUUGUCUAUACGAUCCUCAUGCUCUUCGCAAAACUCGUCACGGGCUUAUGGCUCGUUCGCCUGGAUAUUUCAUUGACAAAGGUUACCCCCAAGAGCAUGCGCUUCUCCGUAUUUGGGGGUGGGAAGGCCAAGAAAGAGGUGAGUAGUACUGCAAGUGCUGCUGAUACUCACGAAUUGCAACCUCAAAGCCAUGCUGCAGUACGGCCUCCCACAAAAGAAGCCCCCACGGCGAAAAGCCAGAGUCCUGGACCAAGCAUGGUAGCUUCCACCGCGGCGACUCCUAAGCCCAAGAACCCGCUCUCCCUCUACCCAGCAGCGAUGCUCGGCACAGCCAUGACAGCUCGUGGGGAAAUCGGCUUGCUCAUUGCUUCUAUAGCUGAGAUGACCGGUCUCUUUGCCUCUUCUUCCAGACCAAGCAAUGGUAGCUCGGAGAUAUAUCUAGUGGUCACUUGGGCUAUUGUGUUAUGUACUAUUAUCGGGCCGUUGGGGGUUGGGACGCUGGUUAAGAGAGUUAGAAGGCUCCAGGGCGAGAGGGCGAAAACACCCGGGGCAAGCGAUCCUCUGGGGAUUUGGGGUGUCAGCUAG